GGGCGUCUGCUGGAAGCUCUGGAGUGGCGUGCUCACCUGGGCUCGGCGCCACGAGGGCAAGCAGAGCUCCGCCAGCGAGGUCUACUACUGCUGCUGCACAUCGUCCACGUCCGUCUUGCUUGUGGAGCUCGUCUACUACUUUAGCUCGGUGCCCGGGUGCAGCCGACUGCAGCCUCUGCCGAGUUACCAGUUAGCAACGCCGGCAAACUGCUGGGAGGCGGUCAACGACGCCUCGCCCCGCGGAGGAGCGCCCGGGAGAGAGGGGGAAGGCUGUCCGCCCGUCUGUCGCGCGGCGCCCACGGCGCAGUGUCCGCCCGCCCGGAUAUGAUGAUGUCGCAGAACGUCAUUUUUAUUCUAUCGUUGGCGGUACUGGCGCUACUGAGACCUUCCGGCGCAGCCGAUGAGCCGGAAUGGCAGAACUGGGAGAGCGACCUGACUGACUCGAUGGACAUCGGCCCCACGCUCGAGGGGUACCGGCGGGUCGGCCUGCGCUGCGCCGCGGACCACAUGCUGGUCGAGGUGGAGAUGGAGGACGACUUUGACGGCGUGCUCUACACCCGGGGGGCCUUCCACAGCCAGGAGAAGCCGUGCUUCCUUGACGCGCGCGGCGGCCGCAACUUCACCCUCAGCCUGCCCUUCACGCGGUGCAACACAAAGAAUGAAAACAACCUGUACUCGAAUACAAUUGUGAUUCAGUAUGAUGAUGAGCUGAUAAUGCCUGGGGAUGCUGCCUUCACAUUGGAGUGUGAUUUCACUAAGCCCAAGGACUACAAAGUUGCCACGGAUUUAAAGUCAGAGAGAAUUCAUUCCUCAAGGAUUAUACUGGAUGACGCUGACCCUGCUGCAGACGGAAAACCAAAAUCAGAGCGGAUGACAGCAAUUAGUGACUCAGAUACUGUCAGUUUUACACCAAACAGAGAGACAAAAGUAUUAAAGGAUGAACUAUAGAA